GGAAGUGAGCGUCACUGGGGGCCUGCUAGUGUCGGUCGUACGCGCACGGUAAGGCAGGCAGUAUGGCGGAAGAGGAGAGCGACUUGGAGUCAGAGAGGCUCAAGGAAGAAUUGGAGAGCUUGUGGGACCUCACCAGGACCGACCAGCACGGCGUGAAGAGCAAGAUUUACUGUUCCAGGUUUUGCGAGUUGGUGGAGGAACACACUGCGCGAUGGCAGGUGCCGCUGCCCCAGCUACAAGUUCUUCGGACGGCGCUCUGCUACUUCACCCACAGCACGGCGUCCUUCCCCUGUGGCUGUGAACACGUGCAGUACGCCCUCAGCAGCCUCGCCUUGAGCUUUUUUGAACUCCUCCUCUUUUUUGGUAAAGAUGAGUUCCUGGAGGACCCGUUGAAAGACAUACUUCUCUCUUUCCAGGACUGCUUUCUGUGCCUGGGGAGGCACAAGAACAUGCACCUCCAGCUGGUAAACCAGAUAGUCCAAGAUGGCGGGCCGUGGGAGAACCCCAUCCUGCAGGCGAUCCUGAAGGAGUCUGCUCAGUCACAGGAUGAAGUCAAACAGUAUUUGAGCUCGGAAGUACCUGUUUUCUUUGAACUGAGGAUUCGCUACUUGUUGGCCUGUGAGCGCAUUCAGGAAGCCGUAGCUCUGGCUAAGACCUGCAUAGAGCACCCUGAGGCCAGGAGACACCUGUACUUCCAUCAGGUCUACCUCACGUGUCUGUGGAAAGCAUCCCUGUUCGAUCUUCUGCGGAAGGAGAUGGCUGUGAUUGACGGCAGAGACGCUGUGGAAAUUCUUUGCAACACUGAGAGGGAGGAGAAGGAUGACCUGCUCUUGGCUUUCAGCAAGGAGUUCCUCACACAGCAGCUGCAGAGUGGAGAUAUGUACUGCAUGUGGGAUCUGGUCUUCAUUUGGAGCAAGCUGCACCUCAGGGCAAACCCAUCCAAGCAGGACUUCAUGGAAGAAUGUCAUCAGUUGAUGAUGUGCGCCAACAACGUCAAGUCAAUCUUUCCUUUCAUGAAAAUUAUCAUUGAUGAAAUGGGGAACGAAGGCCUGCAGUUCUGUGUGGAGCUGUGUGCUCGUGCUCUCCAGAUGGACCUCCAUCAUGAUCCUGUCACCAAAUCACUCAUCUAUAAGACCAUCGCCUUCCUGCUGCCCAACGACCUGGAGGUGUGUCGUGCUUGUGCUCUGCUGGUGUUCUUCCUGGAGCGCACCGUGGAGUCCUACAAAACUGUGUACCUUCUCUACACUCACCCCGACCAAGAGUACCACGUGGACUCCAGCUUGAUCAAGAAUGACAUUCGCUUCGAGAUCCUCCAGAUUUUAAAAAAGGGACUCUUUUUUGAUCCCGAGUUUUGGAACCUUAUCACUUUGAGGAGAAACUGUCUGAAGUUGAUGAAUGAAAAAGUUAUGAAAGCUGCUCUAAAUGAAAUCAUGGAGGAGGAUAAAUGGAUACCAAAUUACUGCAUGAAAGAGCCAUACAAAUUUCACUCAGACUGCAGUGCAAACCAAGCAGCGACACACAAUAGAAAAGAUGCAAAUAAACCAGAAGCCAAAUGCGGUGGCGUAGCACUUGAGGCAAAUGCGACGCCCCCUGCCAGAAGAAGGGGGAGGAAACCCGGGACACGUUUUCCGAAGGUAGCUGGUACCUGCCAGUUGAGGCGCUCUUUCAGACAGUUGGACAUGGCUCAGGAGAGUUCAAACAGGCAACGUGGCAGCAGGCAGCAGAGACAUCUGGCUAGACAGGUGGAGAAAAAGACUCUAAAACGGCGCGGCAGGAAACCGCGGUGGCUGCUGCAGGACACAGCUAGGCAGGAGGACAGCGGCGCCCCCAAACAAAUGAGACAUUUUGGGAAGAAGGCGCAGCAUCUUCCUACAGAGAUGACAUUGCCUGAAUGUGAUACUGGCCAAGAGACAGAAGAAAGAUGUAAGAUGUCUUCAGAGCACAGAAGUGAUGACACUCCAGUAUCCCGUCUGGCAGUAGUAGAUACAGAAACUGAGGAUGUAGUAUCUCAGGAGGCAGUUUCUGCCAUGCCUUCCUUACCCCUCCUAGACCCACAGGUCACUGCUGUCACUGGUGUCCUGCUUGAAAUUUCCCUCCCAGACAACGAGGUCAUGGAUUCAUUCUCCGCAGAGCAUGAUAUGGGACUGCAGGUGCACAGGGUGCUGCAGAAUCAGGAGGAGACUACUGGUCUCCAGGACGUUCCUUUGGAAUACCCCUUUAUCAAACCUUUCGAGAAGGAAACUCAUACUGCUCUUGAGUUACAAAAUGAAUCUGAGUCCUCUGCCCAUUCGUCUGCUGAGACCUGUGGGGAGUUGACCAUCCAGAUCCGCAGCACCAACAUACAUGAACUGCACAACUAUUGUAAAAUUUUUGUGGACAACACAGAAAUGGAUCCUCAGUCCUCAGGGUCAGUGCUGGAACUAGAACCCCCUAUGCAAAAGGAGAAUCAGUGUGAAAUUAAAGAGUCAAAGCAAAGUCCCUCAGGGGAGCACAAUACACUUUCUCCAGCUGAUGCUACAAAGCCAGAUAAAACAUCUCAGAUCACUGUAGUAGAAACUAAAAACGAGGUUCGCCAGUCGAGACACCCGCAUAAAUUUUGUAUUCCUUUAGACGCAAGUGUUCCUCAUAACUGCACUAGCGGUUCUGAGCAGAAGGCUCACGCUCCAAACGGUUUGAACAGUCAUCUUCAGAUUGCGAUCAUUUCUCCACAUAACAUGGACAUUUCUGAGGAUGCAAUUGGUGCAUCCAAACACAUCACAGCGAAUUCUGCUGAUGGUACUGGUUGUGUUUCACGAAACGUCACCGCUGUCUCUGAUGUCAUAGUGUGUGGCUGGGACUCUAGUUUGGACGAGGAGCAGCCUGCUGUGUUGUUACAGACUGAAGGCUCAGAUGAUAUUUCAGCAGGAUAUUUGCCUGGUGCCCCUCCUAAAAUUGAGAGCUCUGUUCUCAAGUAUCGUUGCAGACAAUGCAGCAAGGAGUUCCGCGGUGGCAAUAUUAUGCGCCAUGCAGUAGCUCAUCUUCAGAAGGAUAAGUUCAAGUGUAUUUUCUGCGGAAAAGUAUUUAAGCGCCGUCAUAUAGCAGAGAGGCACCUGACCAAACAUAUAGAAAAAAUUAAAAUGAGGAAUAGCCUUAUUAGCAACAGCACCCGGGAAAGUGGAAGUUGUGAGGCUUUGGACCAUGCGAAUUUGUCACUUGCGGAUGAUGAGGAUAAAAAGGCACUAAGAGUCGGUGCUGGGGACACGAUUUCUAGCAAUAGGAAGAUAAACAAUAAGCCAAAAGAUGUGCAUCAUGCAGAAGAGGAAAAAAUGACUGAGUCAAGAAGAGCUAAGCUGAAAGCUAACGGGUUUAUAGAGGCAGGACAGCUUCCGAGUGGAAAGGAGGGAUAUUGUUGUCCUGCAGAUGGUUGCGAUAUGGUGUUUCCCCGCAGGGAGCUGUCCCUCAUCAGGCAUGCCAUGAAAUCCCAUCCUGAUGAUGCAAAAGUCCAGGAAUAUGCCUUCGACUGGAGAAAAGGAAAGUGCCACUUCUGCAAGAGGGUGUUCCUCAGUCUGCCACACUACAAGGACCAUGUCCUGGAACACAACCAUCCACUCAAGCACCCCUGCCUCCAUCAUGACUGCAAAAGGCGCUUCAAGACCCAGACGGAGCUCAGGGGUCACAUGAGGAACCACGAGCAUUUCCAAGCCAAGUGCAGCUUUGCUGGCUGUCACCAGCGCUUUAACCACCUUGGUCAGCUUUUCAGCCAUGAGAGCAGCCACUACCUGACACCCGAGGCAAAGAGCUCUUCCGUGAAGAGGGACUCGGAGGUUCAGGGCAGUCCAGGACGACAGGACCAGGAAGAUGAUCAGGAUGACGACAGCUUCGUUUGGAGGGAAAAAUCAGACCAUAAGACCUACGUGCUAAGUGGGGGUGGUAAAGGGACCACAAACUCUGCUGCAUCGAACAGUGAACAACAAGUUUCUCCAGCAGCAGAUGCAGGAUUGGGACCUGAACCUGCUGAAUGUGCAAACUCUGCAGAAUCGUGUUUCUCUGACAGGCAGCUAGUCAAUGGACAUAGUAAACAUGAGGGAGGUCUGGUUAUCUCAGCUUCUGUUGAGUCUGGAAGUCCACAAAAAGAUGAAGAGGAAACUAAAGCAGGCGUGACGGAUUUGGAAAUGAGAGUCACACCUGCAAGCAGCACAGGCCAAAGGCGAUCUGCUGCCCAGGGGCACAAAGCAGCCAGGGAAGAGGAACGGCCUCCGUAUGGUGGGACGUCCAACAAACCGUUCCUGCGUCUGUCACCCUCUGCCUACCUGGAUGAGAAGUACAUCAGCAUGCCCAAGCGCAGGAAGCCCUCGGCAGAUCCCAGCCCAGCUCCAGCAGAGCAGAAGGAGCCGCAUGCCGGAACCCAGAGACAGCGGUGCACUAAGUGCUUCUGCUCCUUCGGCAGCACGGAGGAACUGCAGAAGCACCUCUCCUCCAACAAGUGCAUGUCCCUCUUCGAUUCGGAUGAAGAAGGUGCCUGGUAGAAAAGAGAAAGAAGAAGAAGAAGAAAAAAAAGCCAUGGAGACUGAGCUCGCUGAUGAUGGGACAUUUUCCCGCCCGAUAUCCUUCAAAGAAGAAACAACUAAGGAGCACUUCUGUUCAGUGGAACAGAGAGAACAAGGUUCACUGUGAGAGUGUAUAGACAGGAGGGGAACCCAGAAGUAUGAUGUGACUUGCCGUGUGGCCCGUUACACACGUGAUCUGGUUUUUUUUAGCGGAGUGUUGGAGGAACAUGUCCUCUGUGUUGGCUCAGCGACUUCCACUUGGGACACAAGGCCAUCCUAACAAGUGCCUGGACCCAAAUGUUCACCUUCGCAGCUCGUCUUUGUAAAUGUUUUUGAAUGCGGCCAGGUCAACGAGUCAUCGAUUCGUUUGAGAAGCUGUGGUGACUCACUUGUAAAGACAAUUGGGCAGUUUUAUACAGACUUUAUAUUUUUAAUUUUACUUUUUGUAAUCAGUGGAAUCAAAGAAUUUCACUUUUCUGCUUUGAUAUGUGUAAAUUUUUUGCAGACUUCACUCACUUAGUGCUAAUAAUGUUUUCACCUUCAGAACUGCUUAUAGGUGACAUACUUGCCUUUAGACUUUUAAUUGCUAAAAUGUAAACUAAUUUACUAAGGGCAGUAAAAACAAAGGCAUUUUAGCCCUAUGGUAACAUAGUGUGCAUGUACAGUAAUUCCCUUUUCCCCACACAAAUGGCACUGUAAAUGGUCCAGUACUCAACACAGCCAUCCUAAUCUCAUCAUCCUUUUGUCAUGUUUGAGUCACCGUUCAAUUUUGACUGUAAAAAGAGCGCCACAUGUCGAGGCCUAUUGGUCCAAGUGGGACUGCGAUGCAGAUAUGCAGGAAAUGAAAGCAGUUUAAGUAUUGCAGAAGGGCCUAUGCAUUAAAUGGGAUGAGGGUUUCCUCGUACUUAACUAUAGUAAGUAUUGUCUUUCUAAAUGAUUGAUUUCAUCCUUUUAAAUGUCUUUAAACAGGCAUAAAAACAAACUGAAUAUGUUCCUUCACAACUGUAUUAGUCUUGCUAUAGAAAGGGUGUGGGGGAAAAAUAGAUUACUCUAACUAGCUGUGUGGCAGUUGAAGACAUGGCUUUUGUAACCUGACGGUUGUCAGUUCAAAGCCUACCCCUUAUUACUUUAUUCUCUUUGACCAAGGUAGCUGCCCUGGAUAGAUGAAUAAAAUUUACCCAGCUGAAGAAAUGGGUGAGAUAUUGUAAGUUGCGUUGGAAAAAAAACAUCAGCGAAGCAGUGAUUUAUGAUUAAUCACUAUAAUUGUUUAUUUUAGAACAAAACACUCAUGUUUCCACUGAAUGCCACAUUUUGGAGUUAUACGUUACAAUGAAAAAUGGCUGUUUAGAUUUUCCUGAGACUAUUCAAGCAUUAAAUAAAACUGCUGCUGAAAGGUUGUGUGUAUUUUGUGCAUGUGGCUAGUGGCGUAGGGGUUAAAGCCACUGCCUUGCAAUUAAAAGACCCAUGUUGUGUAGCAGUUAAGGACUUGGAUUUGUAACCGGAAUGUUGUCGGUUCAGAGUCUACCCUGUUAACUGCCAUAUUACCUUGAUAAAGGUACUUACCCUGAAUUGACACAGUAAAAAUUACCCAGCUGUAUAAAUGGGUAAAUCAUCGUAAGUAGCUUUGGAAAAAGCAUUAGUAAUGAAAUGAGUAAUUCUGCAGACUUUUGGUGAGCUCUGCCUAUUUGAGAAAUAAAGCAUUAUUCAUAGCUCACUGUAUUUCAAAUGUUUAUUAAAAGUGUAUAGGGGUGGCUGUGCAAUUAGCCAAUGACUGGAGGUCUAAAACUUCUAGUUGUACUGGUAUUUUCUGUUACUCCAUAUGUCCCCUUCUGUGUACUGUUGUUUUGUUUUAGUUCCAGCAAUAACUUUUUUUUGUUGUCAACAUUUGUUUGCUUAAUGGGGUGUUUGUGUGACAGGCCUUGGAUGGUGCUUGUAAAUGAACUGUAUCUAGAGCCCAUGUCGCUGGCCUUUUUGCUCCUGGGUGUAAAUGGUGUUGGGACGGGUCCCAUGGAUCAGCGUAUAAACUGGUGGAGUAUAACCUAAGGCUGCGAUUUGUGGCGUAGCGGCUUUGUAUAAAGGUGUGCACUUGUGCAAGUUUGUACAUAGAAUAUCCUAUAUUUAUUUGUUUUAUAUUUCAGAUGGAUGGAUCAUACACCUCUGUAUUUUUUUUUUCUUACAGAGAAAUGUUUUUAAGCUGUUUUUGUAAGCUGAAAGAAAUGAAGAAUAUUGACAUUGCUGAAUAACUUCAAGGAAGACAAAAAUGUGAACAGCACUUGUAAUUGGCUGUGAAAUAAAGAUUUAUUCCCUCCUGAAUGUUAUGACAGUCAGUUGCUCUUCAAGCAGAGUUAUGUGU